GUGCGUCGAUGCCGCGGUGUAGAAGCGACGGCACGUCCCCCCCGCGCGCGGCGCCCCCACCACGGGCUCGGAACGCCCCUUGGCCUAUCGUGACCCGGCUGUGAACCAAGGACCUCCCCGGACCGCCCAGGCCAAGUCGGUGUCGGGCCCGAGACCGAAAGGUCACUAGUAGAGGCUAGAGUGUGCCGUGGGGUUGACCUAUCACCUCCGACGCGAGAUACGUGCUCAGCGAACGUCAAGUGCAAGUCCGCGAGCGGCUCACCCAGGAGUCGAUCUGGUGAACUGGUGAACUGUGAACUCGGUGUCGACGGUCAUGAGGGCGCGCGACAGUGCGUGAGUGACGUGGAGCCUCCGGACGUCGCCAUGGCUCUGGUGGCCAGCUCCUGGCGCGAGUCCCCGCUCGUCAACCCCAUUCCCACCAGCCUGAACUCGCUGCCGAACGGGCUCAACCCGCUGCCGCCGACCGCCAACCUGACCGCGCUGCCCACCAACAUCAACCCCAUCGCGCUGGAGAACCCCGACCUGGCGCUCAUCAACAGACAAACGCCCUCGCAGAACUCGCAGAACAGCGCCACGAGCGCCGACAAGAACCAGAACAUCGAGUGCGUCGUCUGCGGCGACAAAAGCUCGGGGAAGCACUACGGACAGUUCACGUGCGAAGGUUGCAAGUCAUUUUUCAAGAGGAGUGUUCGAAGGAAUCUAACAUAUUCGUGUCGAGGAAGCAGGAAUUGCCCUAUCGACCAACACCACAGGAAUCAAUGCCAGUACUGUCGCCUCAAAAAAUGCAUGAAGAUGGGAAUGAGGAGAGAAGGUACCGUCCAGCGAGGUCGAGUGCCCCCGUCUCAGCCAGCUCUUCCAGGUUUAUCAAAUCAAUUCCUUAAUUCCACAGAUUCCGUAACGUCAUCUCUCAGUAACCACACUUACCUGAGUAGUUACAUAUCCUUGUUACUGAGGGCGGAACCUUAUCCCACCAGCCGAUACGGGCAGUGCAUACAAGCCAACAACAUCAUGGGCAUAGACAAUAUCUGCGAGUUGGCAGCAAGACUCCUGUUUUCGGCGGUGGAAUGGGCCAGGAACAUCCCCUUUUUUCCCGACCUGCAGGUUACAGAUCAGGUUGCACUUCUUCGGCUAGUGUGGUCUGAAUUAUUUGUUUUAAAUGCUAGUCAGUGUUCGAUGCCACUCCACGUGGCGCCACUGAUAGCAGCAGCUGGUCUCCACGCAUCGCCAAUGUGUGCAGAUCGGGUUGUCCAAUUUAUGGAUCACAUUAGGAUAUUUCAGGAACAAGUAGAAAAAUUAAAAGCCCUUCACGUCGAUUCAGCAGAAUAUUCAUGCCUUAAAGCCAUAGUCCUUUUUACGACGGAUGCGUGCGGUUUGAGCGACGUGGCCCAUAUCGAGUCCAUCCAGGAGAAGUCGCAGUGUGCUCUGGAGGAGUACUGCCGGACGCAGUACCCCAAUCAGCCGACUAGAUUCGGAAAGUUACUGCUACGACUGCCCAGUUUACGGACAGUGAGUUCUGCGGUCAUAGAACAGUUGUUUUUCGUAAGGUUGGUAGGAAAAACUCCUAUCGAGACCUUGAUUAGAGACAUGUUACUCUCUGGAAGCUCGUUUUCGUGGCCGUAUAUGUGAUACUUGAAACUGUACUAGGUGUACUAGUCAAAACUCGUACGGAAGCAGGUUCGACUUAGACUUCCAGUGAUAUCCCAUGACAAGUGUUUGGUGGCAGUGCGAGAUGGAAUAGCUGUUUUGGCUAUGACGAAUAUUGCGAUUCACAUAUCAAAGAUGUAAAGGUCAACCUGAUAUCACUUUGCCAAAAAAAUUCGAGUACGCUCGAAUCAAUACAUGUUCCUUUUUAUAUGAAAACGAAUCAGUUUGAAGUGGAAAUGUAAUACUUUACCACGUAUAUAAAUGUGUAUUAGUAAUAUAUUUUAUUGGAAUUUGUACGAUAUGUAAAUACGUAGGUUUUUCUCAUGAGAAACGUUAUUAUUGUUUUGAUUUUUCAAUUUAGUCAGUGUUCACUUUGUUUUUUAUGGUUUAAGUAGUUGUUUGUUAUUAGUUGUUAUCAUCAUUGUUGUUAUGACUUUUCACUUAUUUUUAUAUUUAUCUUCUCUUAUUGCGAUAGAUGGCCAGUUUUUUGUAAAGUAUUUUACUUAAUGUCGAAAAUUCGUACUUAGACUAUCUCUCUUAUAUCAACCAAUAAUCAAAAUCGAAAGCCAUAAGUGUUGAUUUUAGUUAAGUUUUCAGAACAUCAAAUGUCUCAUGUUUUAGUCCAAAAUAGUAUAGUUUUUAGUGCAAUUUUACUUUUUAAAAUAAAAUGUUUUACUCACUUAUUUAUUGAUAUUUCUUAUAAAAAGUUAUGUUUAUAGUCUUAGAAGUAUAAAAAAGAAAAACGUGAAUUAGAAUAUAUUUGGCUUCAACAAAGGCCAGUGCCAAUAUCGAUGAUUAUAGUCGAUUUUAAUCAUAGUACAUUUAUUCGGGAUUUCUUUAUGUUUGUAACAAAUCGUGUAUAUAAUGAAUAGUAAAAUAAAUAAAAAUGACUGUAUUUA